AUCACUUUCAGUUAAGGCUGUCAGAUGGUGGAAGCCCUUGUGCUGGUCGAGUGGAGAUUUACUACAAUGGAAUAUGGGGCUCAGUUUGUGAUGAUUCAUGGGAUGUGGUAGACGCUGAAGUCGUUUGUAAACAACUGGGUUGUGGAAAAGCACUGGACAUGACACCCCCUUCCUCCUCUGGACCGGGCUCAGUCCACAUUUGGUGGAAGGAUGUGAAGUGUUUUGGAAACGAAUCAUUUCUCUGGGAAUGUCCUUCAGUACCAUUGGGUCACCAAGACGACUGUUCUCAUAAAGAGGAUGUGAGAAUUAUGUGCUCGGAACACAAGGAGCUGCGGCUGGUGAAUGGAAAGCAUCGCUGUGAGGGAAGAGUGGAGGUGUUCUACAAUGGGACCUGGGGAACAGUGUGUUCAGACACAUUGGAUUCACACGUUGCCAAAGUGAUUUGUAAACAGCUGCACUGUGGUGCGUUCCAGUAUGUUGAAUACGACGCUCAAUCAUUCGGAGCAGGAACGGGAACUAUUUGGCUCGAUGAGAUGGAGUGUCUGUCACACGAGUCGACACUGUGGCAAUGUCACACAGAUCCGUGGGGUCAACACGACUGUCAACACCGGGAAGAUGCUGGUGUAGUUUGUUCAGAGAGCAAUGUGACAAAGGAGCAGUCCCUCAGUUCAACUUACUGCCAUAAACAAUUAGAUACGCAAGACAGUGUGCACCUGCAUGGAGGAAGCAGCAACUGUUCUGGCAGAGUGGAGCUGGGGAACGUUGUGUGGCAAUUCCUGGGAUAUAACUGA